UCAUACAGUCUAUGCUUCAGCCCUGUUUUUAUACAGUCUAUGGUUCAGCCAGGCAGGGCGGUAAAGGGUUAAAGGGUUUCUCAUGCUGCUGCUAGUCUUUUUGUUCAGUCUCUAGUAGCACGACAACGAACUUACUGACAGCUGCUCAACGGAUCUUCCUUGCGACUUGACACAAAAGAGAGCAGCAGUCAUGGGGAAAGGAUGUAUUGCCGCCACCAAGUAUUUCCUGUUCAUGUUCAACCUCCUCUUCUUUAUUUUUGGAGCUGUAAUCUUGGGCUUUGGACUAUGGAUCAUGCUGGAUAACCAGAAAUUCAUCACGGUUUUGCAUGAGUCCACAACGCUGAAAGUUGGCACCUACAUCUUGAUUGGGAUUGGAUCUUUGUCCAUGCUUAUGGGCUUCCUGGGCUGCAUCGGUGCCAUUUAUGAGGUCCGCUGCCUGCUUGGACUGUACUUUACCUGUCUCCUCCUCAUCCUCAUUGCCCAGGUGACGGCUGCUGUCCUCAUCUACUUCCAGCGAGACCUGCUGAAAUAUGAGAUGUCCACUAUUGUGAACAAAAUUCUGGUGAACUACACUGGUCAUAACAAGACAUCUGAGCAAGCCUGGGACCACCUCCAGAGAACGAUGAAGUGCUGUGGUUGGACUGGACCAUCUAACUGGACGGAGAAUGUGGUGAUAAACAGUCAAAAGAACAAUUCUCAGAUUCUAUACCCAUGUUCCUGCAGAAAUGAAUCCAUCAGUGGCACAGAUAUAAAAGAAACAGGCCUGUGUGAAGCUUUGUCCCCUGAAUGGCCUGUCUUCACUAUGGGUUGUAUAUCUAGUGUGGAGGACUGGCUCCUAAGGAACUGUGGAGUUAUUCUGGGAGUCUGUGUUGGAAUAGCAGUGAUUGAGCUUUUAGGGAUGAUCCUGUCCAUGUGCCUCUGCAAGAGUGUCCAACAGGAGGAUUACACCAAAGUACCCAAAUACUGAGAGCAAACCCCUCUUCAGUGACUCACCCCACAUCAGAAAACACCAGUGUUACAGCCUCUCCACACCAGCAACAACUGGAACAAAGCAUCACCCACAUACACAUAUCCGUUCUUCACUUUAUUAUCUCCCUUAAACAUCGAAACAUCAUCCUGUUUAGGAUCAGCAUUUUACGAUGAGGAUUGUUGUACCUUUUUCUUUUAAAGAAACUAGUGAUCUUUUCUUGUUAGUGCUCUGCGGGGUCUGAAUAGCUUUAUAUUUGUAUAGCUACAUAUACUGUACGCUGACUGUUGCAUUUAUGCUUUUCAUUGUUAGUUGAAUCUGAGAGCACUUUAGUGGAUAGCGAGUUUGAAAUGGGAAAGAGCUAUUAGCUACUUUUAAAAUAUUUUUAUAAACUAGAGGGGAAAAUCAACACUUGUUUUUUUUUUUAA